UAUUAGUAAAAAAAAUAUAAAUGGAGUUGGACAAAUUUGAAAAUUACUAACUGCGCGUGUUUUUGUCAGGAAUGCUCCUUAAAGUUCAGAGUUUAAGUUUCUGACGUCGAUUCCAAACUUUCGGAUUUCCUGGAUGAAGCCUUCGUGAAGUUCGGCAUUCCCGCCUCCAGUCAGGCCGAGGCGAAGCUUUUCGAUGAGUCUGGAACUGAAGUGGACGAGGAUGUCUUUGGGGAAGUUCUGAAGCAGUCAGAUUUGGGCGUUUUUCUGCUCAGAUUGGAGAAUUUGUCAAAUGAAUUAGCAAAUACCCCUGCAGUGUCCAGUGAAGGAAGCUCCUCUGAGACUGCAAACUAUGAAUCUGAUGACAGUUAUUCUGAGUGGCGGAACCCCUUCAAGAAAGCAGCAGAGAGCCGAAGAUGAAGCUAGAAUUCUGGUCCAAACAAUUCUGCAGGCUAAACCUGGUAGGGAUGCAAUCAUCAGAGAGUACCAAAAAACCAGAAGCUUGACUGACAGCACCAGGAGGAAGAUGAUCAAGAUUCUUACUGCAGAUAAGACUGAAAAUCAUAGCACAUCUCCACCUAAACAUAUUAGAGAAAUGUAUGCCCAAGGAAUUGUUUCCCUGUUUCCAAAUCUUCGUGAUCCCUACACAAAGAAUGGAUAUGAACAUUAUUAUGAUCCUCAAAGUGGACAAGGGUUCUUCACUUGGAAAAUAAAGAAUAUUCAGAGGAACAGUGCACCAUCAGACAACCGUAGAUAUUCCCCCCAGUCUUUCAGUGGUGGCCCAACUGCAGAAAGAGAGGCUUCAUCCAGCACUGAAGUUAUCCUGACAGAAGAGCAGUGUAGAGAAGCUGUUUCUCUAAUGAAACAUACAUCAGAGGUAGAAACCGUGAAGGUCAAAAUGAGGGAGACGUUUCAGUAUCGUCGCAAGAUGAUUCAAGACCCAAGGAGAUCCGCUGAUGUGCUGACUGAAUUUCCCCGUUUCUUGGACAUUAAAGGCCUGGUAUGAUUGGUUAGGGUUAAAUAAAUGUUAUGGGCUUCAUUUAAGUUAAGCUUAAUUGACAACAUUUUUUUCUCGACUUCUGUUAAACCUAGAAUAUUCCACAAACCAAUGUUCUCUCAGUGAAAUGGGUGAAGUAUAAUGGAACUGAAUAUCGUUCUACAGUACCUUAAUUAUUUGUGGUGAAGUAAACCUUGAUUUGCCAGUGUUUUAUAAAAUCAAAGACAUUGUUAGAAACUAAUGCGUGUUACUGGUGGCAUCAUGCCUAAAAACUGUUUAUUUUGACAAACAUCUGUAUUCCUACAGAAUUGAUCCAAGACCCAGUGAUUCUCUGAAAGUCUUCAAUGUCAAUGAACUCAUUUAUUACAAACCUAUUGAUUUACAGAUGUCAUAUGGGUCUGCUAAUUUCUUUUGGUAUGUUGUACCUUACUGCAAUCUUGUUCAAAUCGGUUCUUAAAUCUUCAUGACAAAAUUUGAUGAAUUUGUGUGUUUUAAGUUUUAAAUUUGUGCAACACCUCAUUAAUGUGAUUAAGUAACAUUCUGCCAUGUUUUAAA